AUGGAUCUAGUGCCAAAGAAUACCCCUCAUUCUCUGCGCUCUCCCCAUGGUCUAUUUUUGGCCGCAGUCGAUGGCGGCAUCACCCAUGAUACCGACAUUGGUCAAUGCUGCGAUAAAUUGGCUCAACUUGUCAUCGAUCUGGAAGAACGAUCCCUUGUCAGAGAUUUUUUCCUCCGUUUCCAAAAAGCUGACGAGGACGAUAAAGAAUACGCUAAGAACCUUCAACUUCUGGCGGGACGUGGCUUCAUUGGCUGUCUUUCAAACAAGGUCUCUAGCUGGGUAACGGUCCAGUUCAGACAUGGAGUCGGACCUCCCACUUUGGUUGAGAAGCUCUGCGAUGCAAAGACCAACUCGCUAGGUCAGUUGGUGAAGCUCACAACUCUGGGUGGCCCCGAUCUUCCAGAAGCCUCAAAACUGGUCCAAGCCGACGUUGUCGCAUCGCGCCCUUCUUCUCCCUGGGCUAUACAUCUAGAUUAG